CCACCGGGGCCAUGAAAGAAACUGCAGCGCCCAGCUCACACUGACAACCCAGCUUCUGGACACUGAGACUUAACUAAUCCUUGGGUUCGAGGCUAGGAUGCGGGAGAUCGUGCACAUCCAGAUUGGCCAAUGUGGCAACCAGAUCGGAACCAAGUUCUGGGAGGUGAUCGGAGAAGAACAUGGGAUCGACUGUGCUGGGAUCGACAGUGGGGCCUCUGUGCUGCAAUUGGAGAGGAUCAACGUGUACUACAACGAAGCCUACGGUAAGAAGUAUGUGCCCCGAGCUGUCCUUGUGGACCUGGAACCCGGGACAAUGGACAGCAUCCGCUCCAGCCGACUAGGAGCCCUCUUUCAACCUGACAGCUUUGUUCACGGUAACUCGGGAGCUGGUAACAACUGGGCCAAGGGCCACUACACAGAGGGAGCCGAGCUGAUCGAGAACGUCAUGGAUGCGGUGAGGAAGGAGAGCGAGGGCUGUGACUGUCUGCAGGGUUUCCAGAUCGUGCACUCUCUGGGUGGGGGCACCGGCUCAGGCAUGGGCACCCUGCUCAUGAACAAGAUCAGAGAGGAAUACCCAGACCGGAUCCUGAAUUCCUUUAGCGUCAUGCCGUCCCCCAAGGUGUCAGACACGGUGGUGGAGCCCUACAACGCCGUGCUGUCCAUUCACCAGCUGAUGGAGAACGCGGACGCGUGCUUCUGCAUCGACAACGAGGCGCUCUACGACAUCUGCUUCCGCACCCUGCGGCUCACCACGCCCACCUACGGGGACCUCAACCACCUGGUGUCCCUGACCAUGAGUGGCAUCACCACCUCGCUGCGCUUUCCCGGCCAGCUCAACGCGGACCUGCGCAAGCUGGCGGUGAACAUGGUGCCCUUCCCCCGCCUCCACUUCUUCAUGCCUGGCUUCGCUCCGCUCACGGCCCAGGGGAGCCAGCAGUACCGAGCCCUCUCGGUGGCCGAGCUCACCCAGCAGAUGUUCGAUGCCCGCAACAUCAUGGCUGCCUGCGACCCUCGCCGUGGCCGCUACCUGACCGUGGCCUGCAUCUUCCGGGGUAAGAUGUCCACCAGGGAAGUCGACCAGCAGCUGCUCUCUGUGCAGACAAGAAGCAGCAGCUGCUUCGUGGAGUGGAUCCCCAACAACGUCAAGGUGGCCGUGUGUGACAUCCCACCCCGGGGCCUGAACAUGGCGGCCACCUUCCUGGGUAACAGCACAGCCAUCCAAGAGCUCUUCACCAGGGUCUCGGAGCAGUUCUCAGCCAUGUUCAGGAGGAGGGCCUUCGUGCACUGGUACACCGGCGAAGGCAUGGACAUCAGUGAAUUCGGGGAAGCCGAGAGUGACAUCCAUGACCUGGUGUCUGAGUACCAACUGUAUCAAGAUGUCAGAGCAGGCCUGGACGGCAGCGAAGAGGGCAGGGAGGAGGGGGAGGACAUGGAGGCAGAGGACAUGGAGGCAGAGGAUACAGGGCAUUAGCCAGGAGAGAAGCUAUAGGGCAGCCUAUUUCAGAAAUUUCUCCAAAGGUUUAUGGCUGUCCUGAAGCUCUGGGAGCCUGCCCUCACCUUGGCCCAGUGGUGGCAGUGGCUGGAGGUUAUUAGCUAGGGCUCGACAGCCAAUGGAUGACUUUUCUUUAAAAAAUUUUUUAAUUUUUCUUCUUAAACAGCAAGUGAGUUUCCUGUAGUUUUACUAACUGUAGGUAGGCAUCCAGUUGGAGUGUGUGAGUUUCCUGUACUUUUACUAACUGUAGGUAGGCAUCCAGGUGGAGUGUGUGAGUUUCCUGUACUUUUACUAACUGUAGGUAGGCAUCCAGGUGGAGUGUGUGAGUUUCCUGUGGUUUUACUAACUGUAGGUAGGCAUCCAGGUGGAGUGUGUGAGUUUCCUGUGGUUUUACUAACUGUAGGUAGGCAUCCAGGUGGAGUGUGUGAGUUUCCUGUACUUUUACUAACUGUAGGUAGGCAUCCAGGUGGAGUGUGUGAGUUUCCUGUGGUUUUACUAACUGUAGGUAGGCAUCCAGGUGGAGUGUGAGUUUGCCAGGACCCCUUUGCAGCUGCUGGUCCCUCUUCAGCCCUUUAGCAGCAAGGGUGGGUACCGGGUAGCUAGGGCGGCUAAGAUGCCUCACCGAGUCCCCUCUUUAACAAAGCCAGGUGUCCGAAGGGUGUGUGGGAGGCCCAGGGCCAAGGCAGGUGUGAGUGCGUCUCCAUGACUGCACUGGGUAGACCUUAUGCACUGUUUGACAGGCUGACUGGAAAAAGACAAAGGGAAGCAUGAAAAGCCAUGUCUCUCCUCUCGGCUCCCACCAUCCAAAGGAGUAGCAAAAGCCAAGCAUUCCAGUCCUCGAAGCUUUGUUUCCCAGUAACUGGCUUCCAACACGUUUCUCUGGGUUUUAAGCUUCUUAUUAGCACUAGUCGCCAGUAGUUCACUAAUGAGUGUCCUUGGCUUUCCUCUUAAAGGCUGUUUGCAGAUGCCCUUUUCAUUCUCCCUCAGCGAUCACCCCUGAAGCUCCCUUCCAGCCUCCUCAUUCUCUGGGAAAGGGCAUGGCAUGCUCAGCAACCAUUUGAAUGCAGGAACGUAGCCGCAAUGCCGCAGUGUCCUCCUUGGUGACAGAGGACAUGGUCUCAUUAGGGAACUUUUAGCUUAGAUUAAUUUGCAGAGGCUGCCAUGGACGUUUGCAGGCUGACACAGCUUUAACCAUUGCACUGCUGUAGUCUUACAUCCCAACAGGACUGAACAGGCAGGAGACAAAUCAUCCAUCCAAAAGCCUCCUAGGUCUGAGGUGCUCGGGGGUCUUAAUGGCCCUGCUGGAAUCAUUGAGGGGCUCUGUGACCUCUCCAAAGGGAGUUAUCUGCAUGAAACCAGCUUCUAGUGUCUUGUUUUGUCCCCGUGGUGCUAGGGAUGGAACCCAGGGCCUUGGGGGUACACUAGGCAAGUGCUUUGUCACCAGCUACUCCCUCAGGCCUUUUUACAAUCAAUAAUGAAGUGGCAGGUGGAUGGCAUUCUCUCCAUAUAUGCACUGUGAGGAAAUAAUUACAACUCAUAGCGAGAGAAAAUCAGGCCCCAUUUUUGGUAUGGACUGCCCAGGCUCCUGUGUAUAUAAUCAAAAAGCACAAAGUAUUUUAAGUACUUUCCACUUUUGUAUGGACUGAGAGGCAGUAGCUCUCUACUCUUAGAUACUAACAAAGCUGCAUGCUUACCUGGGUACCUUCAUUCUGAACCUCAAGAUGCAAGAACACAGAUGCAAGAAAGAGACUUAAAUUCUAAAAUUUUUCACUGAACACUUGUUUAUCAGUAAUCACUAAAGUGCAAAUAAAGUCCAUUUUAAAUGAC